UGUCAGCUGACUAGAUAACAAGUGAAGUCAGAAAAGUUUUCAGUCAAACUUCAUGCGUUUAGAGUAGCCCUUUGUACUUCUCUGUUUUGCCUUCAGUUGUGAUUUUAUGUAUUUCUAGUACAUAUUUUUCAACAGUUAAACAGUAUUCUGCGUAUAGGAAGAUAAUGGCCUCUUGUUUGUUCUGCGGCCCAAAGCUCGCAGCUUGUGGGAUUGUCCUCAGUAUUUGGGGAGUCAUAAUGCUGUCAAUGUUGGGGAUUUUCUUUACUAUCCACUCUGCUGUAUUAAUCGAGGACGUGCCUGUCAGUGAGGAGGAUAUGCAGGGCGAUGCAGCGAAUGCCUUACAAACGAUAUACGGACUUUACAACCAAGUGGGCUACAACUGCUUCAUCGCCGCAGGCAUCUACGUGGUGGUGGGUCUCUUGUCCUUCUGCCAAGUUCGGAUGAACAAGCGCACUGAGUACCUGGUCCACUAGCGCCCCCUCGCGACUAAAACCUCCAUCUCGCGUGCCUCCUGGAAUCUGCCUUCACAUAGAUGGGCCUACUCUGUAAAUACUGACUGUUGUAUAAUAAUAAGUAAAUAAUCUGUGCCAUAUUACCAUAUGCCUCCAUAGACUCCUAAAUAUAAUUUGAAUCAUGCAGAAAAAGUUUUGGUAUGUGUUACUUUUGAAGACCAGCUCAUAUGUGGAAAUGUCUGGUUAGGAAAGUGCCUUUUUGUGAUUGAAUGCCUUAUGUCUGGAGCAGAUGCCUAUUGCUGUUCUCAUGUCACUCACAACCUUUUAUUACAUAUAGGGUAUGUAAUAAAUACAAAGUGGAAACUUU